GGGAGCAGCAAUGUUUUCAUGCUGCUGCGGACCUACUCUAGUCACUCCGCCAUGGCGCCCGUGAUGUCGCUGCUGAAGGAGGGGACAUCGUAGCAUCGUGUUUUAAUUCGCUUGGGUUGAUCAAUUCUCGUCGGCAUUUUUUGCUACUCCUGCAUUUUAUUUCGUCAACAUUUUCUCUGUGAACCGGCCAUGACCGUGGAGCAGAAUGUCCUCCAGCAGCACUCUCAGAAGCACCAGCAGACACUACUAAACCAGUUGAGGGAGGUCACAGGCACAACAGAUGUUCAGCUGCUUCAGCAGGCCCUGCAGGUGAGCAAUGGAGACCUGGCAGAGGCCGUGGCCUAUCUGACAGAGAAGAACGCCAAGGUUCCACAACAAGAUGAGGCAACCUACUACCAGACCUCUCAGGUGGCCAGCGACAGAUACAUCAGCGUGGGAAGCCAGGCAGACACAAAUGUGAUCGAUCUGACUGGAGAUGAUAAAGAUGACCUGCAAAGGGCGAUCGCCCUCAGCCUGGAAGAGUCCAACCGGGCAUUCAGGGAGACGGGUAUCACUGAUGAGGAGCAAGCCAUCAGCAGAGUUUUGGAGGCCAGCAUAGCUGAGAACAAGGCCAGUCUGAAGCGUACCCACACAGAAGUCUGGAGCGAUUCACCCAACCCGCACGACAGGAAGAGGGUAGACACCUGCCCUGUGGGUCUGAAAAAUGUUGGCAACACCUGCUGGUUCAGUGCUGUCAUACAGUCUCUGUUCAACCUGCUGGAGUUCCAGAGGCUGGUGCUCAACUACUCUCCACCAGCCAGAGUCCACGACCUGCCUCGCAACCAGAAGGAGCACAGGAACCUGCCUUUCAUGCAGGAGCUGAGGAACCUCUUCUCCCUCAUGGUGGGCUCCAAGAGGAAAUAUGUUGAUCCGUCACGAGCUGUGGAAAUCCUCAAAGACGCUUUCAAGUCCAGCGAGUCGCAGCAGCAGGAUGUCAGCGAGUUCACCCACAAGCUGCUGGACUGGCUGGAGGAUGCCUUCCAGAUGAAGGCGGAAGAAGACAGGGAGGGCGAGAAGCCAAAGAACCCCAUGGUGGAGCUUUUCUACGGCCGCUUCCUUGCUGUGGGUGUCCUGGAAGGUAAAAAAUUUGAAAACACAGAGAUGUUUGGGCAGUACCCGCUGCAGGUGAACGGCUUCAAGGAUCUCCACGAGUGUCUCGAGGCGGCAAUGAUCGAGGGCGAGAUCGAGUCCCUGCACUCAGCAGAGAACUCUGCCAGAUCUGGACAGGAGCACUGGUUCACAGAACUCCCUCCUGUGUUGACCUUUGAACUUUCAAGAUUCGAGUUCAACCAAGCACUGGGACGACCUGAGAAGAUCCACAACAAGCUGGAGUUCCCCUCUAUGCUCUACAUGGACAGGUACAUGGACCGGAACAGGGAAAUAACCAGGAUCAAGAGGGAGGAGAUCAGGAGGCUGAAGGAACAUUUGACGCUGCUCCAACAGCGACUGGAAAGGUAUCUGAGUUACGGCUCAGGCCCCAAGAGGUUUCCUCUGGCAGAUGUCCUCCAGUAUGCCAUGGAGUUUGCUUCUAGUAAGCCUGUGUGCACCUCCCCAGUGGAAGACAUUGACUCUUCAGCGCCGCCCGGUGGCACAACAGGACAACAGCUGCCCCCACCAAGCACAGCCGAGCAGGACUCCAUGGCUCCCUCAGAGAGCUCAGGCCAUGCCUCAGGUGCCGCCACAGCUCCCACUACAGCCCAGCAGCAGAGAGUACCCAUUCACAAGCCCUUCACCCAGUCCCGGCUUCCCCCUGACCUCCCCAUGCACCCCGCUCCACGCCACAUCACUGAAGAGGAGUUGAGGGUGCUCGAAGGCUGCUUGCAUCGUUGGAGGAGCGAAGUGGAAAAUGACACCCGAGAUCUACAGGGCAGUAUAACCCGAAUCCACAGAACCAUUGAACUAAUGUACUCUGACAAAUCUAUGAUGCAGGUUCCAUAUCGGCUUCAUGCGGUGCUGGUCCACGAAGGCCAGGCCAACGCAGGACACUACUGGGCUUAUAUCUACGACCCACAUCAGCGUUGCUGGAUGAAGUACAACGACAUCUCUGUCACCAAGUCCUCCUGGGAGGAGCUGGUCAGAGACUCGUUCGGAGGCUACCGCAACGCCAGUGCCUACUGUCUCAUGUAUAUCAACGACAAGAAGCCCUUUCUUAUAGAAGAGGAAUUUGAUAAAGAAACAGGACAGAUACUCAGUGGCAUGGACAAACUGCCCCCAGACCUGAAACAGUACGUGAAAGAGGACAAUGAGCUCUUUGGCAAGGAGAUCCAUGAGUGGGACACCCUGCAGGCCCGCAAGGCCCAGCAGGAGAAGCUGGCCCUGGCUGCAGCAGCAGCAGCAGCAGCUGCAGCUGCCGCUGCCUCUGCAGCAUCCAGCACCUCUACUUCCUCCUCUUCCCCUCAGCCCAUGAGUAUCGAGUCCAGCCCUCCAGACAACGCAGCACCCCAGCAGGACCCAGAGUACAUGGAGCAGCCAUCACCCAAUAAUGACUCCAAGCACCUGCAGGAGGACACAGAGAGGGCCAUCUCCAGAGCUGCUUCUGAACAAGAGGAGAGAAGCCCAGAGGCAUUGUUAAAUGCUGUAUAUGGAGAGUCUCUUCACCCUCCCACUCCCCCUCAGCCUGAGGUGCAGGCGAACGCCCCCUCCUCCUCGUCCUCCUCCACCCCUCUUCCUGACCCCGUCAAGGAGGACGAGUCCCCCGGGCGCACAGUAGAGGUGGCCAUUCCUAACGUGGGAACCUUUGUCAUAGAGUCAGAGGAGGGGGGAUAUGAUGACGAGACAAUGAUGACCCCGAACAUGCAGGGUAUCAUUAUGGCCAUUGGCAAAUCCUGCAGCGUAUAUGAAAAGAACGGGCCAGAGGCAGCCUUUUUUAAGGCCAUCAAGCUGGAAUACGCUCGUCUUCUGAGAUUCGCCCAGGAGGACACGUCUCCCGAGAACGACUACCGGCUCCAGCACAUCAUCGUCUACUUCAUUCAAAACCAGGCGCCCAAGAAGAUCCUGGAGAGGACUCUGCUCACACAGUUCGCUGACAGGAACCUGGCCUUUGAUGAGAGAUGUAAGAGCAUUAUGAAUGUGGCACGUGCCAAACUGGACCUAAUUAAGCCCGAGGAGGUCAACAUGGAUGAGUAUGAGACGUGGCAUCAGGACUACAGGAAUUUCCGCGAGACCACCGUCUUCAUGAUGACCGGCUUGGAGCUCUUUCAGAAGAUAAAUUUCGUGGAGGCUCUGAUGUAUCUGAUCUACGCCUACCAGUACAAUAAAGAGCUUUUGAUGAAGGGGCUGUACAGAGGGCACGACGAGGAGCUUCUGGGUUAUUACCGUCGAGAGUGUUUGCUGAAAUUAAACGAGCAAGCAGCCGCCAUGUUCGAGUCCGGAGAAGAGCCGGAGGUGACCACCGGUCUGGGCAUCAUGAACGAGCUGGUGGUGCCCUGCAUCCCUCUGCUGCUGGUCCACGACGCAGAGAGAGACCUGCUGGCAGUGGAGGACAUGAGGAACCGCUGGUGCUCCUACCUGGGCCAAGAGAUGGAGUCCAACCUCCAGGAAAAGCUGACAGACUUCCUCCCCAAGUUACUGGACUGCUCGACUGAGAUCAAAAGCUUCCACGACCCCCCCAAACUGCCCUCCUAUUCCACCCUGGAGCUGUGCGAACGUUUUAGCCGCGUCAUCGCUGCCCUCGGCAGGGUGCCCACCGAGGGGAGAUGAGCUCGGAAGGGACAAGGCCAGGCACCUCUCCCUUACCCCCCCCGAGCCCCGUCCCGGGCGUACAUCCAUGGACCUCUCUUAACCCAUGCCUUCCUUAUAAAUCCAGGGGUCACUCGCUUUCUAGCUGUUAUUCCUCUGUUACUCUUUUGCUGCUAUAGGUUUUAUCAUUAUAAAUAUUAUUUCACUUUUGUUUUAAGCAAAAAACACAAGGGAGGAAGGAGGAGAGGACGGACUGUUGGGAGGGGGAAAAUGAAAUGAGAGAGAGGAGAAGUUGAUUGAAAAACAGUGGCAAUCCUGCAGUGGUUAAAAAAGCCAAGCACAUUCUGCUUCAACUUUGUGAGGAAAACAAAAAAAAAAGAAGAAAAAAAACACGAGUUUGAGGGUUUCUCAUAGUUUAUUAUUGUUGUUGUUGCUGUUUGAUUCAAGCUUCCCCGACCACGCUCAUAGCCCCUUUCUAACAGCACCCUUCUCUGCGUGAAAGGAUCACCCCGCUGCUCCGCCUCCAGUUUGGUACAGUAUUACCACGUUUUGUUUUAUUUUUCUAAGGAAGUAAGAAAGAGAGCCUUCAGAUUUAUCAACGGCUCAGAGUAUCUCAAACAUGGGUCUCAUGUCUUUGUGGACUGCACCAGAAUGAGAUGUUUUAAGUGCUGUGGUAGACGGCCACAGACUUUCUGUGGCUUGUUAAUAAAUCGAGAGAAUAAAAUUUUAUUUAUGGCCCUUUUAGGCCAAAUAAACAAACUUUUGCCUGUUGAUUUUUACUUUGCUCCCAUGACAGUUUCUCAUACUGAGAUGAUCAUCAUUAACAUUGAGCUUCAUUGUUAGAAGUGAAACUGUCACUUUUCAUUGGAGACAUUAUGGUGAUGGACAGAGAGGAUGAGUGUCGGGCUGAAGGUCUCAUUGUAUGAAUCAAACCUGAGUUCUGAGGUAAAAAAAAAAAAGAACUUAAGCAAGCCUGUGCUAAUUUAGUUAGUAUUAUGCAUCUUAUUAGAUUCAGACUUUCAUUAACGUGGGGAUGCAAACUCCAAAUACAGCAUGUGGCCAAAAUAAUAAAAACAUUUUUUUUAAAAACCUAAAAAAAACAGACUCAAUUUUAGCUGCUUUGAACUGUGUUUUUUUAAUGAUGCGAUUUGUUUUUGUUUGGACUAAUUUCCUGGAGUUAAUUCUAAUUUCCGGGAACUCUACAAACAACCCUGAAGGCAGUUUUCAGAAGCCUUUUAAAAAAAAGUUGCUGCCAGUAUUGUGCAGAUCAUAAGAUGAAAGCAAUCUUUCAAAAUGGUUUUGAAAAUGCACUGCCAUGAUUCCGUUUUUUGACUCCAGGCUGUUACUCAGAACCUUGAAAACAAAUUACUCUGGAAGAUUGCAACUUUGUCUUAGUUUGAUCCAGUCCUGUAUUUCCCUCCAGUGUACUGCACAGAUUUAGUUAGUGCACACAUCACCUAUUUGUUACUUGAGUAGCCUGAGAUCCUUAAACUGGCCCUUACUGACUGGUUCAAAUUUUUGCAUGGGCCGAUGUUUUAUUCAUCAUCUUCAAUAUGCUCAUUACAGGCUGUCAAGAGGUUGGCCUAAAAGAAAAAGUUUGGAGCUGUUUUUUAAAAUACACAUAACAGAGAAAUGGAAAAAUUUGGAGGAUUUCUGAAUAAUUUCAAAGAUUUAACACCCUCCUGAUCAAAAAAAGAUGCCAAGAAGCCCACUUUACAAUCUAAAACAUGUUACCACAAGGCAAUUACAGUAGAAUACUCUACUAUUUUACAUUUACUACAUUUACUAGAAAUAAAAUAUCUUAACCCUGCACUGAAAGGCAGAAAGGGCGGUAAGGUAUAUGGAAAUGUUCAGACGAGCAGAAGUGUCAUUUUUAAAGACCUGGAGUGGUUGAACUUCAGUUGCUUGUUUGUAUUCCGCUGACAAGCUGCUUGACAAACACUCUCUCUGGAUGUAGACAGUAUUUCUAUUGUGUCUGUCAUUGACCUGGGAUGAACUUCUAUUGACAAGUAUAAGUGCUUUAGAAUUCCUUCACAUCUGUCUGUACCAGUAUUUGGCUGUCUGACAGUUUAGCAGAGGCAGAAAAAAAAACAAGACUAGGUGGAAAAAUCCAGUAAAUUGCAGGACCAUGGAUGAGACGCUAGAGGGCUUUUAACUUGAAACAGGAAGUUCGGACUCUGGAAGUUCGACUAGGGGGGUACGAAUUCAAGGACGGGGAUGUAGUACAGCAGCAGCUGAGCUUCAACACUAAAAUUUGACUGUACUGUUUUUCUCACAAAAAAUAACCUCAUUGACACAUGCAGUAAUAUUAUGUUAUUCCGUCUGUAAUGUAGCUAUAAUAAAAAAAAAUCCAAACUGUUAUGUAGCUCAAUAAAAUAAAACUAUUUAAUAUCUGAAAUGUUCAUUUUUAAUACAUUCAUAUUUAUUGAAAUGGGUGAAAACAGCUGAUUGGCUGCGGCUCUCGCAGAAAGUGGUGAAAUCGUUAAAACCCGGGAUUAAA